GCCAUUCUACUCAAACUCAAGCGCAUUGUGAAUCGCAAUUUGAUUGACGUGCGUGUUUGUUUCGCGAAAAUCCAUAUUUCGCAAACAACAAAUUUCUAGGAAGUAGUGCAUUCAUUGAGAACAUAUUUUUGGUUGGAUUGAUAUGUGUUAUCAACAGUGACAGAGUGUGUUUAACGUGGAUGCGGUGUUAGUGUCUAUCCAGCAGCGAAAAAAACAUUGAGUUUUUGCUCAUUCAAUAAUCGCACUAUGUUCAACAGACUGAGAAUGGAAAAUUACUUUAAGAAGAUUUAACACGACCCAAGAUGGGCAGUGCUAAAGUUUAUUCUUCUAACCUACAAACAAUGGCGGAGGAAAAGAAGAAGUUCACAAAGCUAUUCAAAGGCAUCAAACGUUUUUUCAGGAAAGACAAGAAAAAAGACAAAAGGGAACAAACCGUAGAAGAAGAUAAAGUCAAUGUUGAAGAAAUAACAGUAAGUGUUCAAGACGUUCUUCAAAAUUUCACUAAGCUUGCUCUUGACAAGAAAAAUAAUGAGAAAGCAAAAGCUCUUGAAUUUGAGAAAACGAUAAUAGUAGCGUCAGAAGACAGCAUUGCCGAUGAAAGUGAUAAAGGCAGCCUUGUAGACGAAGCUGAUAAAGUCAGCCUUGAGAAUGAAGCAGAUAAGUUCUCCAGUACCGUCGUUGAGGUGGAAAGAGUCCCAAAGUUACCUCACUCCGAGCGGAUUGACUCACAAUCGUCUGAAGAUAGUGGUUUUGGGGAAGAGAAGAAGGAUUUGGCCGAUGAUUUGAGUCAAUUGAAAAUAGAAGACGAUGGAAAAAAGAAAAAGAGAUGGCAGACUGUUUAUUUGAAGAGGUCGCCUUUUCGGAAGAAGUUAAGCAGCCAUCAAACUCCGAGGCCGUAUCCGACGCAGGAUGGAUCAUGUCGUCAGAUCCAUCAAGUCAACAAGCAGUUCUUCUCCGGCGGCCAAAUUAUCGAGAACUCCGUACCAGUCACAAAUACAAACAACUUGAUAGCACACAAUCUGGACGAGGUCGAGACAGCCCUGAGACAAGUACAAAAAACAACGACCAUAUCCCAACACGAAAACGGUGAAGAUUGGCUCCUGGAAGCCGUAGACGAAAUAAUCACAAAACACACACAAGCUGAAUCAGAAUCAAAUUUAGCUGAAUUCGGCCAACCUGUCGAUAUAUCCGAAUUCAACUAUAAUCUCAAUGUACCAGCUGCAGAGCCUACACCGAAUCCUAUAGAAGAGUUCACUAACAUGAAUCAUCUGAAUACUGAUAAUGAUCUAGUCGAUCAGAAUAACUACGAUGAUGUACUCACAAGUCUCGCAAGUAACGCUACUUUUGUAUAUCCGACGCCGCCGUGUUCAGUCGACAUAGCUAGUCCAAUGUCCGACUGUCAAAACUCAAUGUACAGACACAGUGAAUGCACAUUGUCACCAGAUAGUUCAUCCGCCAUUAAUAGCGACAACGAAGUCUUCCAGGAGAUCGCUCCGAUAGCUGAUUUAGAAUACCCCGUGUCUGUAUCUAAUAAUGAUGUUGAGAAGACUUUAAAAAGGGACAGAGCUCCGCCUGGUUCUGUAAAAAAACACAUGAAGCAAUAUAAGGAUAUGCAAAAAGAGAUUGGUAAUGGUUUCAGUAAGAAAUACUGCUGUCAGAUUAACAAGAAAACAUGUAAGCAGGUCUUUCAGGAACACAUGCAGAAGUUGAGGCAAGAUGAAAGAAUGAGUAUGUGUUACAACGUUACUGCAAUGGAUCUCAACCAAGCUUAUGGAGUGCUGCAGAAUAUUCUUAUAAGCCUGUCUCAAGGGUCGGAGUUUGAGGACUAUCAGCACGCGAUGUUCUGUCUUAUCUGCGAAAAAGUUAUGGGACAGAAUUCUGCUCUCUUCGUGGGGCAAUUUGGGCUCAAGCUGUUGUCAUCGGCUGCCUUGCGAUGUCCCCGGAGACCGAUCUUCACGAGAUACCUCGUUGAAUGCAUACAAACGUCUAUACGACACGACCCAAGCUUGCUCGGCGACAGAAGGUCUAUAUUUCACGAGCUGGAUGCCCAAGGCGACACAUUGGUGAUAGCUUGCGCCCGAGUCGGCGACACUCACGCGGACGUCUUGUACGAGAUCGUCAAAGACAAGGAGAGGCCACUGUUCCGGCUGGAACACCUCAACGCUGAUGGUAUGUCAGCGCUGCACGUGUCAUGCACAGAGCACAGCCCGUCGGCCCCCAAACUGCACUCAGUGCAUGUUCUGCUGGAGCACGCCGGCGCGGACAUAUGGAAAGGGAACAUGAAAAGCGGUGACACGCCCCUCCACCUCGCCGUGAACUCCAUGAGUUGCGACCUUCAGCUCGUUAUGGUGCUGUUCAGGCAUGUGGACCGCAAGUUAUGGAAGAAACUGGCGCAUACGCCCAACAUGCGCUCCAAAACGCCCUUGGAGUACGCACGCGAGGCCACCCGUUCUCCGCUGAGGCAACACCACCCUUUUGAAGUGUUCGAGUUUCUCAAGAAAUGCAGAAACUAAAUUCAAAUAACGAACGAAAAAAAAAAUUGUACAGAUACCGUAAAAUGUUCCUACUUUGCUCCAUUAACCUCUCAGCUGCUGUGGCGCAUAUAUGCGCCUAUUGGAGUAAAGUAGGACCAUUCUACGGUAUAUAUUUAAAA